GGUAGUGCGGUCUCGUUCUGUGACGGCCCCUUUCGUUCCGGCGACGGGAUCGGCUACGAACGCCUGACGUCACAAAGGCUGUCAAACGCCACUAGCGCGGCGUGGCGUCGCUGGGGCGCGGCCGCCGAGCCUCGGGGGCGCGCGGCGGCAGUUUGGGGGCCGCGCGGGGCGUAACGGCCGGCACCGCCACGGCGGGCCCGGGGCGGCGGGCCGCGUGGGGGCGGGCUGUGGGGUCUUCCGCGAGGGAGCACGGACCCUCUGGAGCCUCAGUGGGAUCGCAGGUUCGCUUUUGUGUUUUGCAGAGCAGAAGGAUUUUCUCAGCUUCUACGGACUGAUCAUGUCUUCAAGAUACAUCUCUAACGGUGCUUCUCUAAAGUCAAACCAUCAAGAGUCCCUGAAUAUGGAAAGUAACACAACCAUUUCUGACAUUCUGGAGGAUGAAAUGCAGAACCCAAAGGAAGGAAAAAAUGCUGACUGCAAACUUGGUGAAGGAGCCUGCGUUCCUGAGCCUGUCUUAGAAAAUUUGACAGAUUCUUUACAGAAAACAACGUCACGAGGCCUUAGAAACACUUGCCAUGAAAGCAACAGACCUCUCUGUGUAGCCAGUUGGAAUGAAUCUUCAGAUGUGGACAUGAUGUUUUUCCUAGAGAAGGAAUCCAUAGGCAAAGAAGAGCCAUCACAUCAAGCGAGAAUACUGGGCUGGCUAGAAGAAAACAAAAAGGGAGAAGACACCAUUAAAAAAGAAUUGUGGCAAUCUGAGAAAGAAAAAGUUUCACUUUCAGAACAAUUAUCAGUUAAGUCCCUUGCAUCUCCUUAUGAAAAGCCAUUUGUGGAAAUGGGGGAGUCACUACUGGACUGUAUUAUUAAAGAAUCCCCCAUAAAAGACGUAUCUUAUUUUCUCACUCAAACCCAUGGCUCUCUGUUCAAGAUAUAUCCAAGUUUUAGUACUGAGGAACUGUCUUCUGGAGAGGAUAAUCUGAACUUGGCUGGCAAAGUUCCCAGUCCAACAGGAGACAUGGCAGUCACUGGACAACAGCUUGACCCUUCAAACACCUGUAGGGAGAGCAACAAUAAUUUUUGUCCUGAUUCUUCGUAUGAGAACUUUAUGUAUAAACCAGCUCUGAUGCAGUCAAAUAGAGAAGUGAAAAGAACUAACAAGAACUGUGUAAUCCAGUGCAGCAAAAGAGGACGUGUUCACAGAAAGUUUCCAUCAGAAUCUGAAGUGCCCAAAGCUGAUAAGAAAUCUUUACACCAUCAUUCUGAGACAUCACUUGCUCCCAAGGAAGAAUAUAAGCAAGGAGGCACAAGCAAUAAAGUGAUCCUCUCCACUCAUAAAACAGGGAGCCCUUGUCUAAGCCCUUAUGAAGCAUCCUCAAAUAUGUUUAAGACACAGUAUUCCAAGUACAACUUGGAGAAACUACCAUUCCAGGAGGAAGUUACAAACUUCAGUGGGGUCAUCAAGGAGCUAGAGCAAGGCCAGCAAAAACAAACCCAAAUCACAGAUCUUCAGUGUGAUGAUAAGCUUUUGAAGAAGAUUAAAGAGAGGGGAAAACUGUUGCUUAGGGAAGGAGAUUACAAUCUGAAUGAAGUGACUAAGAGAAUGAAGCGGAAUCAGAAGAAACAGCCAACUCAAAUAACUGAUUCUUACUCUGAAACCAUUUCUCUGGAGACCAGUUUAAAAGAAUUAGAAUCAAAAGCUGUUCAGCAAUGGCAUUUUGAAGAAACUGUAAACAAGCUGAAGAAAGAUAUUGAAGAUCUAAGAGAAGGAAGAGGCAAGGUCACAAAGGAGAAAAAUGAGGCUAGGAAUUGGCUAGUAGUCAUGCAGGAAGCUUUAUCCAAUGCCACCAAACAUCUUGAGGAAGUUGGGAUUGAAAAAAAAGCUCUUCUGCAGCAGGUAGAAGAACUGAAGUCUGCUUAUUGUCUCCUUCAAAAGAAGCAUGAGGCAGAAUUGAAGACCAAGUACUUGCAGAGGGACCAUACUAUAUGCAGGAAAGAGAAAAAGAUAAGGGAACUGCAGCAUCUCAAACAAAAACUGGAACAGGAGGCUGAGACUGUCACUUCAGCCCUGCAUGGGCUAAGGAAGGAAAAGCAGAAUACAGAGAAAGGACUUCUAUCCUUGCAAACAAAAUUUCAGGGAGGAAAGGAUGGCAGCUUAGCAGAAAGGCAACAGCCAGGAUCCAAAUAUAACAAGCUGGCUGCUCAGCUUAAAAUUCUGCAAGUAGAAUUUGAAAAUGAACAAGCUGAAAGGGAGAAAAUGCAACAGCAGAUCUAUGAAUUCAGAAUAGAGAACCAAAAGCUGCAGCAACAGAGUGCUAAAGACCAAGAACAAAACCACAUCCUGCAGCUUGAAACUGCCAGGUGGAAAAAGAAAUAUGAUAAAGUCAGAGAAUCACAGACAGCCAAGUUGACAAGUUGCAGAUCUCCUCAAAUCAGGACACAGAUCAUCUUUCUGUCAUUGAACAUAACAGGAAGAAUGAAGCAAUUGUUCAACUGCAAGAAGAAAUGAAGAGCCUUACUUCUAAAAAGAAAACUUUAGAGAAAAAGAUUGAAAAACUAAAAAAUCACCUGGAGUUAAAAGAGGAAGAAUGCAAGAGACUUACAGGAGAAAAUGACAAACUUCAUGAAGAUUUGA